GAGUGAUUAUCAGGUGGGGACUUACCUGUGACACAAUCGGAUGACACUGACUGGAAUCCAUCAAUCGGACAACAGUGAGCAAUGGAAGAAAAUCCCGACUCACGUGACCAUCAGAUGACCAGGCGGCCUACUGAGGAAACAGCUGAAGUACUGAGGAGGAAUCAACAGGGGAGACAACUCACUUCUGUAUCAGCCAUACAGCACAACUACAGUGGUCCAGUGUCUCAGGUAGACUUGACCAAUGCUUCCAAUGUCUCCGUCUCCGUUGGAGAGCAAAGAACUGGAGGAUGUGUGUCACAAGAACGUUUCUGUCAGAAGAUGGAACACCUAAAGAAGUAUUUUGUUGACAUCCAUGCCCUCCAGACAGCCAAACAACUCCUUGAGAAGCAUGGCCAUGUCAGCAUCUGUGGAGCCCCGGGGGAUGGGAAGACCAGCAUUGCUCUGAUGAUCUGUGAGGCAUAUCGGCCACUAGGAUAUGAAACAGUCUUUGUGGAAAACAUUGAACACUUUGAUGUUGAUACAAUUUCUAAACGUCAAUCACACAUGUUGGUUGUUUUUGAUGAUAUAUUUGGCUCUGUUACAUUCAUUUCAAACUUGGAAAAACUGCAUAAAUUGUUUAGUGCUUUGGGUGAUGAUCGUACUAAAACAGCUGCAGAUAUAGGGGUUUCAAAGAAGAAGAAGGAAGAACAAUCAAUACAGAAAGACAAAUCUAAUGAAGAAAUCCCUGUCUACAGACUGAAGCUUGUGUUCACAUCCAGGACAUACAACUGGAAGGAAGGUUGUUCCAGACUACAUCAGUACAAGGUGAAUCUGCUUACAACAGAAGCUGUUCUUGAUAUGGCUAAAGACUGUCUCACGAUGGAAGAAAAGAAACGUGUGUUAUGGUCCUACAAGUCCAAACACCCUGCAUGCGAUAUCUCUGAGAAAGAUAUUUGUAUCAUCGCAGAUUCAAAACACAGCAUAUUUGGAUUUCCUCUUAUCAGCAGACUGUUUUUCACCAAUGCUGUCUUCCAGAUGCAUAACCUGAAAUUCUUCAACCAUCCGCUGACCUACCUGAGAGGCGACCUUGACACCAUUGUCCGGGAGGGAAGCAAUAGAUCGGCAGCAAUCAUCCUCCUCAUCCUUUGUGAUGGGAAACUGAAUCUUGUUUCUUUGCAGUCACGGAAAACUGGACAUGAAAUGUUUGAUGCUGUGAAGGAAGUAGUUCCUUGUUGUACAAGGACAGGCAUUGCCAAUGAGAUCUACAACUUUACUGGGAUCUACUGUACAGUGGAGGAUCACAUGGCAUCUUUCUCCCACCCAUCCAUAUACGAUGCUGCAGCCUGUGCUGUAGGACAUCUGAAUAUCGUGUUGCUGCUGGAACACUGCUCCCUGAAGUUCUUGUAUGAAAGAGUGAGAUUGGAUAAGAGUUCUGAGUCAACAGGCAUGGACGAUGUCACAAACAUGAUUUCCAUCACUCCCCAACUACACCCAACAGUAGUGAACAGAUUGGUGGAAGGUAUCCGGCAAGGAUGCUUCAUUUGGACAGUAAAACACCCAGUUCUCCGUGAUGAAAGCAUUGUUUCUCUGCUUUGGACAGAGAUCAAUGAUAACAUAGCUGAGACUGUCCUGCGAAGGGAUGUGGACACUGGUGAAAGCUUUUUGUAUUUGACUUCCCUCUCUGACAGUUACUUUCUAUUCUCCAAGUCUUUAGAAGUUGCUGUACGACUGGGUGACAGAGCUCCUGAUCUGUAUGCAUGUGUGGUAGCCUGUGUUACCCACGACAAACUGGAACAUCUGGAACACCUCGUUACAGUGAUGGGUAAACAUGGAGGAUUUAAUGUUGAAUAUACCAUCCAUGGGACAACCCUCCUGCUCAUGGCUGCAAAGUCACCAAAAUCCAAGGUGUUCAACUUUCUCAUACAGAAAGGUGCUGAUAUUCCAGUGAGGGACUGGAAAGGAAACACCUGUUUGCAUUAUGCCUGUGAAUCAGAAAACAUGGCAUUGGCAACGAAGGUGGUGGAAACAUGCCCUGCAUUGAUUAAUUUGAUGAAUUAUGAGAAUUUAACGCCUGCAAUGAUUUGUGCAAAAACAGGUCAGCUUAAUAUUCUGAAGUUCCUCAAAGAAAAAGGAGCCGAUUUAACAUGUACACGCGGGAAAGACUGUUUGCAUUUGUCAUGUCAAAAUGGCAAUCUGUCAACUGUGGACUUCUUAAUUUCAUUGAAAAUAUAUGAUGUAAACAAGAAAGAGAGCGAAUUGAACAAAACACCAGCUAUGUUUGCUGCGGAAGGCGAACACUAUGAUGUUUAUCAUCUCCUUGUAUGUGAGGGGGCAGAUCUGACCCUUACUGAUAGAUUCAACACUGACUGUCUGAUGUUGGCAUGUGAAGGAGGUAACAUAUCUAUUGUGAAACACAUCCUAUCCUUGGAAACAUGUGACAUCAACAGACGGGGAGAAAUGUCAAACCAAACACCAUUAAUGAUGGCAUUGAAAAGAGGAGACUAUGGUGUUUAUCAUCUUCUUGUAUCUGAGGGCGCAGAUCUUACCCUUACUGAUAAAGACAACACUGACUGCCUGAUGUUGGCAUGUGAAGGAGGUAACAUAUCUAUUGUGAAACACAUCCUAUCAAUGAAAACAUGGGACAUCAACAGACGGGGACGAAAGUCAAACCAAACACCAAUAAUGAUGGCAUUGGAAAAUCUGACAACUGAUAGAUGAAACUAACACAAUUUGCGAUGUCGUUACAUUGGAAACACUGUAAUGCUUGUGAUCUUGUCUUAGGUGUGCAGAUAUGACCUUUACUGAUGAACGCAUCAGAAACUGUCUGUCAUGCAAGAGAGGAAACAUAUCUGGAAGCUGAAUAUCUGUAUAUAACACUGUGUCAUGGUGUACGUGACAUUGUAGUAUACUAUCAUGUUAUACUAUGGCAUUGUUUAGCUGUGGUGUAAAUGUCAUAUAUAUAUAGUUGUGUAUUGCUGCAUGUACCAGCGUAUAGGGUUGUAGAGGUGUAUAUAGCAUGGUACUAUUUUCAAGUAUUGUAACCUUAGUGGAUUCUGGUAUGAAUGUAUGCAUGACAUAUUGCAUACACUGUAUGACAUGAUGUUUUACACUGUGUACGCUACCCGACUGAUGUAACCUGGCACUGGAUAAGUGGGAACCACACCACUGUGUAUACAGCAGUGUACAGUGCACUUUUUCCUGGUCUGUUUGAUUGUUUUGAUGCACCACAAUACUGAAGGGUUAUCUAUUGUAGGCAUUUUAAAGGAAUGAAUUCUUUAGCUUUAUAUAUGAUGCAGUGUGUUAGGUUUUGGCAAAAAUUGUCCUGGUCUUUGUUUUCUUGUUCAGUUUGGUUUACCUAGUUACACAAAUUUUCGAACGAGCGGGCUUUGUUUUAGAAUUUUGGUUCUUGUGGAUUUUUCUGGUUUUCGUUAUCUAUAUUGCCUACUGUUACAAGGACAGGAAAAUGGUCGCUUCCCAACGGACUGAAAUGCUUUUGAGGCAGGGUGCAUUGAGCGAGCUCCGGGUGCCGAUAAUAAGAUCGCUAGCAGACAUAGUUCAGUGCUGACUGUCAUACCUAGCUGGUUCAAUCUUAAAAAGAUAUGUCAAUCACAAAACUCACUUGAAAAGCAUUUAAUUUGUACUGCAUGAUAUAUACUUGCUCAUAAAAGUACAGAAAUUCC